AUGAAGCUUAAGCAGCUGGAAGCUGCUCUUCAGGACGUUGCGCCAUUUGAAAAUCCCAACAAUCUGCUCGAGCAGUAUCCAACAUCACCACACAUCGGCUCUCGCAUCAUAUACACCGCAGCAACAAGCUUUGCCGACAUUUCAGGAAAAUGUAUCUGCGACCUCGGCUGCGGGACAGGUCGACUCACUAUAGGAGCUCUCCUCAUGGACGCAUCGCAUGUUAUCAGUGUCGAUGUAGAUGCCAGUGCGCUGGCUCAAACUGCUGCAACAUUGGAAGAGUUUGAUCUGGACGAUUCUUCGUGUGAUUUGAUACUAGCCGAUGUUACUUCACCGUGGUUUAAAUCUAAUGAUGCUGUGCGAGGGUCAUUAAUGGUGGAUACGGUUAUUAUGAAUCCACCUUUUGGGACUCGGACAAAGGGGAUUGAUGUCAAGUUUCUUGAGGUUGCGUUCGCUAUAGCUCAGUCUGCAGUGUAUAGUCUGCACAAGACCAGCACUCGAGAGUUCCUGGUCAAAAAGUCGAAAUCGUUAGGAUGGAAUGCUAAUGUGCUAGCCCAACUACGGUUCGACAUUCCAGCAAUGUACAAACAUCACAAAAAGGAAUCUGUGGAUAUUGAAGUUGACCUUAUUCGGUUCUCGCCCUUGUAA